AUGCCGUUUAACGUCAGCAUCUCUCAGCGACAUAUUGAAGAUACACGUAUUUUAUUCGUGUGGGACGCUUACGUGGAGCCGUUCGGCUUUGCCAACGAGCGUGUAGGUGGAAUCUAUUUCUUGGAGCAGAAUGAUGUGCUAGUUGAGCCAGAAGAAUGGAGCUCUGAACGGGAUCCUGGAGAUAGCCAGGGCUGUGCUACACGAGUGUCAACUUGUUAUGUGCUGACACCGUAUUUUUUGGAUCCCAAUCUGAAGGAUGACACCAAGACGAUAGCGGCUCUGCUGCCAGAUCAGGUACUCCUGCAAUGCAACGAUAAAUGA